AUGCCUCUUAAUUUAGAUAUAAAGAAAAAACUAAAUUCUCGAAUUGGUAAGGUAAAAUGCGUUGAUAUUCAUGAGAGCGAGCCAUGGAUCCUUGCGGCUCUGUAUAAUGGGAAGCUAAUUAUAUUUGAUUACUCCAACCAGAAUACGAUAAAAAAUAUAGAGGUUUCUGGGUACCCAUUACGAUGUGCUAAGUUUAUAGAAAAAAAACAAUGGAUAAUAUGUACAGGAGAUGAUAUGACAAUAAGGGUUUAUAAUUAUAAUACAUUUGAGAAGAUAAUAUCAUUUGAAGGACAUAGUGAUUAUAUAAGAUAUAUUGAAGUUCAUCAAACAUUACCAUAUAUAUUAACAUGUUCUGAUGAUAUGACUAUAAAAUUAUAUGACUAUGAAAAUAAUUUUGAAAAAUUAUGUUCGUUUGAAAAUCACAUUCAUUAUGUAAUGAUGUGUAAAUUUAAUCCUAAAGAUACUUAUAUUUUUGCAUCAGCUUCUUUAGAUAAAACUAUAAAAAUAUGGGGUGUACAGAAUAAUAUGCCAGUAGUUACAAAACCUCAUUUUACCUUAACAGGUCAUACAAAAGGUGUAAAUUGUAUUGACUAUUCAUCAAGCGGUGAAACAUCAUAUAUUAUCAGUGGUAGUGAUGAUAAAACAAUACGUGUAUGGGAUUAUCAUACAAAACAAUGUAUACAAGUAUUAAGUGGGCAUACACAAAAUAUAUCAUGUUUAAUAUAUCAUAGUAAUUUGCCUAUAAUUAUUUCUUCGUCUGAAGAUUGUAAUGUAAAAAUAUGGAAUAGCUCUAUGUAUAAAUUAGAGAGUACAUUAAAUUAUAAUAUGGAUAAAUGUUGGUCUAUAUGUGCAAAGAAAACAAAAAAUGAUUUAUGUAUAGGAUAUGAUGAAGGGUUAGUGGUAAUUCAAAUGGGAUCAGAUAAACCUAUAUAUACAAUGUUUAAAAAUAAAAUAAUUUAUAUAAAAAAUGCUGAUAUAUUUAUUAUAAAUUUACAAAAUAUAAAUAAUGAUGAUAAUUAUAAUGAUGGUGAUAUUUAUAAAGUAAAUAAAAAGGAAUUAGGAAAUUGUGACUUUUAUCCUACGAAUGCCUCGUUUCAUCCUAGUGGAAGAUUUGUAUGUGUUAAUGGUCAUCACGAAUUUAAUAUUUAUACAUCACAAGUGCUAAGAAAUAAGGCAUAUGGUAAAAGUCCAUUUUUUGUAUGGGCAAACAAUGGAGAUUAUGCUAUAAAAGAUGAAGGAAAUAAAGUAGUUAUAUAUAAAGACUUUACUGUGUGUCAUUCUUUUCAAACUCCUUAUCCAAUUACUGGAUUAUUUGGUGGAUAUUUAUUGGGAGUUAAAUCUAAUAAUUUUAUUUGUUUUUAUGAUUGGAAUUAUUAUAAUAUGGUUAGAAAAAUAGAUAUUAAUGUAAAGAAUGUAUAUUGGAAUGAGGCAGGAACAUAUAUCGCAAUAUCUACUGAAGAAAAUGUUUACAUACUAAGUUAUAACAAAAGCGAUGAAGGAUCUAGUAAAGACAUGAAAGGAAUUCAAACAAAUAUGAGCAAUGUUGAAGGGAAUAAUAAUAUGGAUGAAAAUAAUUUUGAGCUUGAAAGUGAAAUAAAUGAAUCUAUAGAAAGUGGAAUAUGGAUAUAUGAUAGUUUUUUAUAUGUUUCAAAAAAUUUAAGAUUAUAUAUAUAUACAAAAAAAUUUAAUGAUAUAUAUGUAUAUAUAGAUAAAUAUUUAUAUAUAUGUGGAUAUGUAUAUGAAUUUGACAGAAUAUUUUUACUAGAUAAAAAUUAUAAUUUUUAUAGUUUUUAUAUACCAAUAGUUUAUUUACAAUAUCAAAAAUAUAUAAUAAACAAAGAUUUUGAAUCUGCUGAUAGUUUAUUAGGUUCUAUUUCAGAGUCUUUACAUAAUAAGUUAAGUUUAUUUUUAGAAAAAAUGGGAUAUAAGAAUAAAGCUUUAACAAUAUGUACAGAUAUGGAAAAAAAGUUUGAGUUAGCUCUAUCAAUAGGGAAUUUACAACUAUGUAUAGAAAUUAUAAAAAAUAUUGAAAAUAAAGAAGAUAAAGCUACAAUUCAAAAUAAAUAUAAAGUGUUAGGAGAUACAGCAUUAGUAUAUAAUGAUAUACCUAUGGCAAUACAUUGUUAUAAAAAAACAAAUGAUUGUUCAUCUUUAUUAAUUAUAUUAUCAACUUUGGGUGAUAAGAUGGGUAUUGAAGAGUUAGGACAAAUGUGUUUAAAAACGAAGAAAUAUAAUAUAGCAUUUAUAUGUUAUUUUUUAUUACAUAAAAUAAAUAAAUGUGUUGAAAUAUUAUUAAAAAGUAAUAAUUAUGCAUAUGCUUCUUAUUUUGCAAGAGUAUAUAAACCAUCAUUAUUACCCAAUAUAUUAUUAAAAUGGAAAGAAUGUUUAAAUAAAACAUAUCAAAUUUCACCUAUUUCAUUAUUAACACCUGAUGAAAAUCCAGAAUAUUUUCCUAAUUAUGAAUUAGCUAUAAAAUGUGAAUCUAUAUUUGAAAAAACAAAAACCCUUGGUACUACACAAAAUUAUACAACAUUAAAAAAGUUGAUUGAUAUAAAUAUUAUGGAUGAAAUAAAUGAGAUUGGAUAUGAAAAAGUUGAAGAUAUUUUUGUUAAACAAUUUAAUGAUGAACUUGAAAAGGAUGUUAAAAAUAUUGAUAUGAUUAGUUCAUUAAGUUCGAUUCAGAAAAAGGAGACUGAAAUAAAAUCGAUUGAUGAAAGUCAAGAUCAGAAAAUUUCAAACAACAAAAUAGAUAAUAAUUCUUUUAAUUUAAAACGAGAACCAUUUAGCGAUGAAAAUAAUAAUAUAUCAUUUUCAAGCUCACAAGAAAUUCAUAAAAGUAAUAGUGAUAAUAUAGUAAACCUAAGUAACAUCGAUGAAAAUAUUAGUUUUGAAAUACCAGGUGAAUCAUUAGAUUCGAUGAAUGAUAAAGCAGGUAAAGAAUAG